UAAGAUAGACGAGAAGCAGCCGUAUAAUUGUAAGCGACAUCUGGUUUUUCAGGAUAUACACUAACGAGCUUGUUGGCUUUUGCGGGGGCGACGAUGAAGGAGGAUUUUUGAAAUAUGACAGAUAGUCUUUGUGACAGAUAUCUACGCUUGGGUUUUUGAUGAUUUUGGUUUCUUAAGACGUAAUACUUAAUAAAUUAAUAAUUUUAAAGUAAAAAUUAAAAAAAAAUGGUUCGUUGUAAUGUGAAAGGUUGUACAAGAACACAAAAACAAAAUAAAAAUCAUUCAUUCUUUUCUGAGCCGAAAAAUUUAAUGAUACGAAAGCAAUGGAGAAAAUUUGCUGGUAUUACGAAUAAUCCAAAAGAUUUUCGCAUUUGUUCGGAUCAUUUUGAAUUGUCCUGUUAUCGAAAGAGAACACCACCACGUUGGUUGUUAUAUCGAGAAGCAGUCCCAACGAUUCGUAUGGGAGAGGAUCAUUCUUAUGCAUCAUCUGCAGGGACUCAUUCAUCAUCAAAUGCUUCAGCAACAAUUUCUUCACCGACACCAUAUCAACCAUCGCCUACAUCUACUAUUAGAACAUCAGAUCAACCUAGUAUUUCCGCAUCUAUAGAUUAUUCGCAUAACUCUGUUACGUUGAAUACAGCAGACAAAGCGAGGAUGUAUGUUCAAGAAAACGUUUCUUCUUCCAGUACACCAGUGUUUAGCGAAAGCAUACCAAAAAAUUUCAAUAACUUUAACACAAUCGGUAUAUGUUCUUCACCCGUUAGUAGUAAGCUAAGUUCAUUAAAUGCAAAAGUGUCUCCAAACUCACGUUCUCAACAAUCAUCAAGAUUAUUAAUGACUCCAUCGAAAAAAGUGAGUCGAGUACCAAGAACAUUAGUUUUCAAAAAUUCUACUGUUCCACCAAAAGAAGCAGUAACUUCGCCUUCUAAGUUACAUCAUAUGAAGAGUAGUACAUCAUAUAAUCAAUUAAGAAUAAGAAAUAAAGUUGAUCGUCAAGUGCAAUUAACACCAAAGUCUUUACGUAUUAAAAAUAAAAAUCGUUUGUUAGCUGUUUAUCGAAGCCGAAUUCUAAGACUAACUAAACAAAAACGUAACAAUCCGUUAGUCACUAACGAAGUAGAAAUAAAAUCUAUUAUUAAUGCAUCCUCCAAAUUUCUGGAUCCGGAAGCUCUAGCUUUUUUUUCUUCACAUUUACGUUUGUGCAAUGUUUCAAAAAAUCGUCGACGUUUUACGAAUGAAGUGAAAGAUAUAGCGUUAUCUAUAAAAUAUCAUUCACCUAAAGCAUACCGUUAUCUAAGCAAAUUUUUUCACUUACCAACUGAAAGAACUCUAAGUAAUUACCAAAAACAAUUUCCAAUUCAUCCUGGAUUAAAUAAUACUGUAUUAGAGCAAUUGAAGACCUCUAUGGAGAAGUCAAAUGCCAAAGAUAAGCUGGUGAGUGUGCUAUUCGAUGAAAUUAAUUUAAGUGAAGAGAUACAUUAUGACAAUAAUUUAGACGAAUUCAAAGGUAUUGCUGAUAACGGUAAAACGCGUACUUCUGAAAAUGCUAAAAGUGCGUUAGUAGCAAUGAUCAGAUGGAUUAAUAGGCCCUGGAAGCAAGUUAUUGGUUACUGGUUAUUAAGUAAAAAUGACAAUUCAAGUUUAACUCACGAAAUAAUGGAAGAAACUGUGGUGAAAUUAUUUGAAGUAAAUCUAAUAGUGAAAGCUCUGAUCUGCGAUCAAGGGCCCAGAAAUCAAGGCAUGUUCAAAAAACAUAAAAUGACUCCAACAAAACCAUUCUUUAAAGUUCCAGGAUAUGAUCAUAAAAUUUAUUUCAUUUAUGACCCACCACAUUUGUUGAAGUCUAUUCGUAAUAAUUUAUUUAAAAAACAUUUCAAGUAUGAUGGCGGUUACGCACGUUGGUCAGUUUUAGAAAAAAUAUUUUCUCUUAGCAAAGAAAGUCCUUUGCAUUUAAUUCCUAAAAUAACUGAAAGACAUCUAUACAAUAUUUCAAAUGGUGAUAAAAUGUCAGUAUCGUUAGCUGCACAAGUAUUCUCAAAGUCGAUGUAUACAGCUCAUUUAGUUUAUACUACUAUAGAUGCAAGUAAUUUCCCAGAAGAUGAUACAACUGGAAAAAUGAUUUGGGAUUUAGACAGAUUAUUUGAUUCUUUGAAUUCUAGACUUGAACGGCCAAUACUAGAGAGUUUGGAAAAACUAAACUAUGCAAUUUCAAAAGAUUCAAAGCAUCACGAAUUUUUAUGUACUGAAAAAGCAACAAAUGCUUUUAUUAAUUCAUUCAUUAAAAUUCGCUGCUUUUGGGAAGCUAGAUUUAGACGACGUGCUGCGAAAUCUGCCGAUACCAACACCAAACAAAAAGUUAAGAAAUCAAAAAUGAAAAAGUUUACUAAUAAAAACACAAUUUGCCAAAAAGUAAAGAAAGUGAUACCAAGUAAUGAAGCCAAAAAUAUACAGCCUUCCGAAAAAUAA